CUCUCCGUCAAUUCGCUGGCUCACUCCCUCACCUCCUCAGCACCAUGACCACCUGCAGCCGCCAGUUCACCUCCUCCAGCUCCAUGAAGGGCUCCUGUGGCAUCGGCGGUGGUUCCAGCCGCAUCUCCUCUGUCCUGGCUGGAGGGUCCUGCCGGGCCCCCAGUGCCUAUGGGGGCCUGUCUGUCUCCACCUCUCGCUUCUCCUCUGGGGGAGCCUGCGGGCUGGGGGGCGGUUAUGGCGGUGGCUUCAGCAGCGGCAGCAGCUUUGGUGGGGGCCUAGGUAGCGGCUUUGGUGGAGGAUUUGGUGGUGGCCUUGGUGGUGGCUUCGGUGCUGGCUUGGGUGCUGGCUUCGGUGGUGGCUUUGGCGGUGGUGACGGGCUCCUGGCGGGCAAUGAGAAGGUGACCAUGCAGAACCUGAACGACCGCCUGGCCUCCUACCUGGACAAGGUGCGCGCCUUGGAGGAGGCCAACGCUGACCUGGAGGUGAAGAUCCGUGACUGGUAUCAGAGGCAGCGGCCCGCUGAAAGCAAAGACUAUAGCCCCUACUUUAAGACCAUCGAGGACCUGAGGAACAAGAUCCUUGUGGCCACUGUGGACAAUGCCAAUGUCCUCCUGCAGAUUGAUAAUGCCCGUCUGGCUGCUGAUGACUUCCGCACCAAGUAUGAGACAGAGUUGAAUCUGCGCAUGAGCGUGGAGGCCGACAUCAAUGGCCUGCGCCGGGUGCUGGAUGAGCUGACCCUGGCCAGAGCCGAUCUGGAGAUGCAGAUCGAGAGCCUGAAGGAAGAGCUGGCCUACCUAAGGAAGAACCAUGAGGAGGAGAUGAACUCCCUGAGAGGCCACGUGGGCGGAGAUGUCAACGUGGAGAUGGAUGCAGCGCCCGGUGUGGACCUGAGCCGCAUCCUGAAUGAGAUGCGCGACCAGUAUGAGAAGAUGGCAGAGAAGAACCGCAAGGACGCCGAGGACUGGUUCUUCAGCAAGACAGAGGAGCUGAACCGUGAGGUGGCCACCAACAGCGAGCUGGUGCAGAGUGGCAAGAGCGAGAUCUCUGAGCUCCCGCGCACAAUGCAGAGCCUAGAGAUUGAGCUGCAGUCUCAGCUCAGCAUGAAAGCAUCCCUGGAGAACAGCCUGGAGGAGACCAAAGGCCGCUACUGCGUGCAGCUGGCCCAGAUUCAGGAGCUGAUUAGUGGUGUGGAGGAGCAGCUGGCUCAGCUGCGCUGUGAGAUGGAGCAGCAGAACCAGGAGUACAAGAUUCUGCUGGACGUGAAGACACGACUGGAGCAGGAGAUCGCCACAUACCGUCGCCUGCUGGAGGGCGAGGACGCCCAUCUCUCCUGGCCUCCCAGUUCUCCUCUGGCUCUCAGUCAUCCAGAGAUGUGACCUCCUCCAGCCGCCAGAUCCGCACCAAGGUUGUAGAUGUGCACGAUGGCAAGGUGGUGUCCACCCACGAGCAGGUCCUUCGCACCAAGAACUGAGGCUGCCCAGCACUGCUCAGGCCUAGGAGACCCCUUGCAUGGACCCAGAUCUCACUGUAGGAUCCUCUCUCCUGCCUCCCAAGCACUUCACACCUGGACCCUAUUUUCACCCUUCCUCCCGCCUGGCAAUCAAUACAUGCUUCAUGAUCUGAGUUGCA